ACAGGAAGUAAGCAAGUUACAGCCGCACAUCACAGACCAGCUGUUGUCAACAAAAGGAGCAGAAUUUCUAACAAUGUCACGGCUGUUUUUGUCUCAUCGUUUUUGUACCAAAUGCACCUUUCUAACCCUGCGGGAGUCUCCUCUGCUGACCGGAGCUCGAACCCGGCAGCAGCAGCAGCGGCAGUCGGACGCUGUUUUUAUGCAGAAACGUCGAUUUGUUGGAGGUUCGGCUUCUUCCAAACACCGGUCAAAGUCAAUCAUUUGGAUAUGUGGCGCCGGCGUGGGGAUCGCUUUAGCUGCCGGACUGAAAUACAGCUCUGACACCGCCAACAGCUCCUGUGAUGAUAAAGUUAGAGGAGCGGAGAGGAGCGAUCGAUACAGCGGUGCCAUUAAAGUCAGCAGAGACCUUGUGGAGCGGAUACAGGUAGGCACCGAGGCUGAGGUCGGGGCUCCUGGGCUGGUUGUUGGGGUCUCAGUGGAUGGAGCUCAGGUCUGGUGUGAAGGGAUCGGUUAUGCCGACUUGGAGAACCGUGUCCCAUGCACUCCAGAAACAAUCAUGCGAAUCGCGAGCAUCAGCAAGCCCCUCACAUCCGCAGCUGCUGCACGACUGUGUGAGCAGGGGAAGCUCGAUCUGGACGUCCCAGUGCAGACUUAUGUCCCCGAGUUUCCCCAGAAACAGUUCAAUGGACAAGAUGUCACGAUAACCUCUCGUAUGAUUCUGUCCCACCUAAGCGGCAUACGGCAUUAUGAGAAGGAUGCAAACAAAGUGAAAGAGGACAAGGAGAAAGCUAAGCGCCUUUUAAAACCACCUGUUAAAGAGAAAGAGGAUGAAAAGAGCUCAUCAGAAAAAAAACAUAAAACCACAGCAGAUCAGAACGCCAAAGGCAAAGACGCGAAUCCGGCUCAGAAGAAGAAAGAGUUUGAGCAUGAGGAGUACUACUUGAAGGACAACUAUGAAAGUGUCAUUCAGGCCUUGGACCUUUUUAAAGACGACCCGCUCAUUUUCAAACCCGGCACAACUUUCCUGUACUCCACUCACGCCUUCACGCUGCUCAGUGCUGCGAUGGAGCGAGCUGCUGGUCAACGUUUCCUGGAUGUCAUGACGGACAUGUUUCGUGAGCUGGGAAUGCUCAAUACAGUGCCUGAAGAGAAUGAGCCUAUUAUUUACCACCGUGCCAGAUUUUAUCACCACAACAAGAGAGGACGUGUUGUGAAUUGCCCCUAUGUAGACAACUCCUAUAAGUGGGCAGGAGGCGGCUUCCUUUCCACCGUGGGAGACCUGCUGCUGUUCGGUAACGCUCUGCUCUACAGCUACCAGGCGGCCCACCUGAAGGACACUGAGGGCCUGCUGCCUGGCUUCCUCAAACCCAAAACGGCUAUUGAACUGUGGGCACCAGUCGACAGGACGGAGGCCAGCUGGGAUAAGGAUGGACUAUACGCCCAAGGAUGGCUGGUGGUGGAGAAACUGCAGAAGUACGGCCAGUGCAGGAAGCGCAGGCACUACGUGUCGCACACAGGAGGCGCCGUGGGGGCCAGCAGCGUCCUCUUGGUGCUGCCCAGCGAGGACACGGAUCAAGCUCAGACCCCCGUCCCUCCACGGGGAGUGGUGGUCACCAUCAUCGUGAACAUGCAGUCUGUUGGACUCAACAGCACAGCACUGAAAAUUGCGCAUGAGUUUGACAAAGCCAGAAGUGUGAAAGAGUAAGUUGUUUACAGACAUUUGUGAGUUUACAUUUUUAGAAAGAAACAUUUCGGAUAAAUGUUGUGAUCUUGUGUAAUUUUGAUACUGCUUUUAAAAUUGUGUGACGUAUGAUUUAGGACAUGAAAUAAAGUUUUAACAUGUAUUUUAUGAACAUCAUGCAA